ACGGAGUGGUGACAAGGACUGCCAAGGGUUUCGCUCUGCUCUCCCUGCUGUUCUUCCUCUUCAUACUGCCAAUUGUGCGCAUCGCAACACAGGAGACGGACCUGCACCCGCGACUUGCAGGCACCGGCAUCUCUGCACGCGAGCAGCUCAAACGUCGCGGUUCCUUCUAGCGGGGUAGCAGGAUGAGGACAUGGUCACACACAAUGGGUUGAUGCGCGUAUUUUGGCCAUCAGACGCUCCCAGGGACUCUGCGCCGGGUGUUCUGGUAGGCUUCAGAAACUCAAAGUCGGAUGUCUUUGUCGUCGGUGUGCUACAAGACGUCGAGUUGCGCCAGGUCGAGAAUGCACUGCUCGUGGGAACCUUGCUGCGACACAGCCCCCACGAUAUCCAAGAACUACUGCAGCGAUGUGGACACUCCUCUGUGCGCGCAUUGGGUUCCGUUAAUCCUAAGACGCCAGCCGAUCAAUCUGGCGCCGACCUUCUCACAGUCCAUACCGACCCUUCGCUCCGUUUCCCGCGCCUUCAUCACCCCGACGAUGCCCUUAUAACCAUGCAAGUCAUCGUCUACGACCGACCGCACCCAACGCGUAUGCAAUACCUCUCACUCAAGCCCAUCACGCUGGCUCUGGGGGACAAGACAAAGGUCGCAGAAUGGGACGUGGCUUUCGAAGAGCUAGAACGAGCAGAAGAGAGGGAACGUAAGAGGAAAGCACACCUUGUCGAAAAGCUGAAGCUACACAGAGUGAUUGCACAUCCUCGCACACAGAAAGAGCUGGCAUUGCCCAUGAUCAUUGAGCAGGUGAACUGUUCGUACGAACUGAACGCCCUACUGCAGAAGAAUAUUGGCAUGAUUGGCAGACGCAUGAAGCGAGCUCUGAGUGUCAGUGAGCGCGUCGUUGAGUCGGCCAACGAUCUCUGGGACUACAUCUGGCUUGUACUCCACUAUGCAUUCAGAGUCUGGAUAUGGCCCAUAGCUGCGCAGUUGUUCAUUUUUGGGCUGAUUACACACCGUAUAAUGGGCGAGGCAGUUCUUCAGGUUCUGCAUUGGCGGCCAGGCUCUUCUGACUCGCCAGCCCUGAAAGACAUCUCUGCAACAGCACAGCAGAUCGACAUCAGAUUGCAACAGUCUUGCUACUGGCCCAUCCAGUAUCUCACCUUGCGCAGAAGGAAGAUCAAUUGGGAAAGCAUCACCAACAGUCACCCAGAAUACAUCAGAUUCUACAAUAGCCUUUGGCUGGUUGCUAAUGAUGUCAUAAUGGGCAUUGCUGUCGGAACAUUCAUCAUCGAGAAUGCUUCAUUCGUGGCGGCUCAAGUCGACACCAUUUUCAGCACCUGGUCGGUCGACGGGCUACGGCGUAUGAUAUCAUGGCUCAUGGGCUGGCCUGGAGGCUUGAAGUUGAACACUGAGUUGGCUGCAUUCCUUGGCGACCUGUUUCUGUGGGUCAUCGACUACUGGGCUGGCUGCAUAUCACUCUUGCGACCAAAUCUGCCUGCGCUCGUCCAGAUCAUCGGCUUUUCAGCUUUUGCUGGCGCCACUAUGCCCAUCUCAAUCUUUUCAGAUCUCGUCUCACUAUUGACGUUGCAUAUUUACUCAUUCUACGUCGCAUCUGCCCGCAUCUUCCAUUGGCAGCUAACUAUCAUCAUAUCGCUCUUUCACCUCUUCCGUGGGAAAAAGCGCAAUAUUCUCCGUAAUCGGAUCGACUCAUGCGACUACGACUUGGACCAGCUGUUACUUGGGACAAUUCUUUUCACACUGCAAUUCUUUCUACUGCCGACAGUGUUCGUCUUCUACCUGACAUUCGCAAGCGCACGCAUUGCAGUCAUUGGCCUGAAGGCCGCGUUGGAGAUGGGUUUGGCAUGCCUUAAUCACUUCCCGCUCUUCGCAGUCAUGCUCCGGCUCAAGGAUCCCGGACGACUGCCCGGAGGGAUAUACUUCGAGCUUCAAAACACUACCGAUGCUAGCUCUAACACGGCAGGCUCGGUAAACUCACCCCCCACUGCCUACGUGCUGCUAAAAUCAAUCCCAUUAUCUCUUCGCGCCAUGUUCCAACCUUACUUUGACCUAGGCGAUCGCAUACGCAAGCACUAUUUCUCGCCUAGUGUCUUGCUAUGUCUAGUUUCCGGACAAUUUGUUCCACCUAUUCACCGCCGCAACCUGUAUAGCUUACAGUACAGCAUGUUACCCGCAAAAAGGGCAAGCAUAGGCGAAUUGUGGAGAAAGUUGACUGAAAGGAGUGGGAGAACAUCAUCACACGAGCUGAACGGGUAUGCCGCAAUGCCACUAAGGAGAGACAUACAAAACGGGAAAAUUAGAAAAGAUAAAUAAGAGUUUAAAUUCUCUACAGACAUCACAUGUCUUCAUUCAUCAUUAUCCUACGUGUCCUACAUCUUGUUCAAUUUUUCUCGUAGGAGCCCGCCCGCUUCUACCAAGGACAAGGAGAGUGUUAUGGUAGAUUGAGUGCCUCUUUUGGUACUAGAAACUCCACAAUCAGCUGCAGUGAGAAGGUGUUGCGUCAUUA